CCGGGUGGGGGGCGGUGGCUGCGGGCUGGCGGCUACGGGGCGGCAGUGGUGCCGCGUAGGGGCGGAGGCACAGGCAACCGGAGUCCCCCGGGUGCCGCCGAGUCUGCUGUGCUCCAUCCCGUGCUGGGCCGCUGGCUCCCGUCGGGCCGCUCCCGGGUCUGUGCUCCUUCUGCCGAGUCUUGGGGCUGCCCCCGGGAUCUCCUUAGCGGGCUCCGCUCCUGCCUUGGGGGGCUCUUCCUGCCGCUCUCAAUGUCAGAACAGUGCCAACCGAAGCGCCCCGGGCUUUAUUUUAUUUUUUUCUGCCUCGGUUUCUGGCGCUGCUCUUGUCUGGCGGUGCCUGGGCCGUGGGCUCCGCGUUUCUGGUGGGCGCGAGCAGCGCGGGGGCCGCGGGCCGGGCGGGCGGCUCGGGGAGAGAAGGGACCCGUUUGUAACCCCCAUGAGGGCCUUCCUGAGCCUAGCCCUUCGCUCUGUACAUGCCUAUUGGAUGUUGCUUUACAAGGAAUUUUUCUCUAAGCGAUGAGGGAACUGACAUGAACUGCGCAACCAUGUCAGAAGGGGACAGUAUUGGUGAGUCUGUUCAUGGAAAGCCUUCUGUGGUCUAUCGAUUUUUCACAAGACUCGGGCAGAUCUACCAGUCCUGGUUAGACAAAUCUACUCCAUAUACUGCAGUGCGAUGGAUUGUAACUUUGGGUUUGAGUUUUAUCUACAUGAUUAGAGUUUAUUUACUGCAGGGUUGGUACAUUGUGACAUAUGCCUUGGGAAUCUACCAUCUAAAUCUCUUUAUAGCUUUCUUGUCGCCAAAGGUAGAUCCCUCUUUAAUGGAAGAUUCAGAUGAUGGUCCUUCCUUACCUACAAGGCAAAAUGAAGAAUUUCGGCCUUUCAUUAGAAGGCUCCCAGAGUUUAAAUUCUGGCACUCGGCCACUAAAGGCAUCCUGGUUGCUAUGGCAUGUACGUUCUUCGAGGCUUUCAACGUUCCUGUUUUUUGGCCAAUCCUUGUGAUGUACUUCAUAAUGCUGUUUUGUAUCACUAUGAAGAGACAAAUCAAGCAUAUGAUAAAGUACAGAUAUAUACCCUUCACACAUGGCAAGAGGAAAUACAAAGGGAAAGAAGAUGUGGGAAAGACCUUUGCUAGCUAGAAGGUGCAAUCAACCUUUUGACCAAUUCUACUUAUAACUAAAGGAACGAUUUUUGAGCCAUUGUAACAAUGCCUUUUUUUCUUCAUAAAAAUGAUUGAGUUGUGACAAAGCAGUUGAAGUUUCAUUUUAAGAGGAUCUCGCUAUUUUUACCUGAAGUAUCAGUUGCUUGAAGAAACUGGCAUUCUAACCGACUUGCUUUGAGUUUAUCUUUUUGUGAGAAGUUGGAGAAACUUUGGAUAAUCCCAUGGAUUUGGGAUAACGGAUUUCUUUCAGGAUCCAUUGUGCUGGAGAGAUGAAUGGCUUUGAGUUUGAUGUUUCUACAUAGUUCCUUCUCAGUAUCACCCUGAAGUGCUGUGCACGUAUGUGGAAAAAAGUCAGGUGGCAUACAUGAUGCUGUUUUCUGCUUCAUGGCCAUGUGCUAUUUUCAUAUAAAAAUUCAGUAGACCUAAAUAGAUGCCAGUUUGCUCAAUGCAUGGUAUUACUGAGUCAUAAAUAUAAAUAGAAAAAGAAAUCUACAAACGUAAGGAUUUUGCGGUACGGAGAAAAACACACAUAGCUUCUAAAGUAACUCAUUUCUGUUAGGUUUUAAUGCCAGUUUCACCAUUACAUCUCCUAGCAGAUGCUAAAAUUGGGUUUCUUCAUGAUGACUCAAAGCUUUGUUCAAAAUCGAUUCCAAUUUCCUUUGAGGACCUGGAAUUAUAAAUAUAUAUAUUUUAAUUGUUUUUAGUUGGAAUUUCUUUCAUACCUAAGGGUUUCUUGAUUAACUUAAGCCGACUUCAUGCAGCCCCUCCAGAAUAUACUCAAACUGGCCAUAGGAGACAACCUUUGUGGGUUUUAACAAAGAUUUUCAUUUUCUAUAGUUAAAAAAAAAAUCAGAUAAAUGACCUGCAUGUAAACUUUUUCAUGUGAUACAACUGCAGUUUUAUUAAGUGACUUUUUAAUUCCAAAAUUUAUUAAAAGACAGUGUCCCCCUUU